AGUUCUUAAGAUUAUUAAAAAAUACUUAAUGGAACAAUAUUUAUGUCACCAAAGUAAAUUAACUUCGUUCCAUUGCAAGACUGUCAUGUUCUUUACCAUGGAAAGAUUAUCACCAGCGGUAUGGAGAGAAGAUCGGCUCAUAGAAUGCAUAGGAUAUUGUUUGCAAACACUAGAAUUGUUCUUCAUGAGAGGUUUUUGUCCACACUAUAUCAUUCCUGAAGUGAACCUUUUCGAAGGUAAAAUCACUCGUCGCUACCAGUUGAUAUUAAUAGAGAAGAUAAAAGAGUUCUUGUAUAACAAUUUAUCGAUGCUAUACGAUUUGCAGAUUGAUAGUUUAGGACAAAGGGUCCAAAACCCUACAAGCGACAUGUUGGAGCCCCGAUCGACAUUAUUCAGGGCGAUUAAUAAUGUUUUAGCUAGCGACUUAAUAGAAACUGUUAGUUGGAGAACCUUAUCAAUCGCAAAAGAGUUAAAUCCUGUAAAGUUUCGACGAUUGCCGACUGCUUUAUCUUUAAUUGAGGAUGACAAUAUUUUCCCUAUACUAUCUCGCUAUGAACGAUGGGCAUUUUCAAAGCUAAAGCCGCACAUUCAAUCAUUGAUCGCAUUGGUUGCCUCGUCUUUUUUUUAUAGAACUUGGACUUCAAUUUACACCAGAAAUAUUUCAUCUCUAUGUAAACUGAAAGUAGCGUCCAUGUUCUAUUGCAUGGGAGAUCUACGUAGAGCCGCAGACGUGCUGAAUGAUGUUGAACGCAGAUAUGACGAUGAUGUGCAUGCUGUAUGUUCGUGUGUAAGGAAGUAUGAAGGUCAAGAACCACACGAGUUAAUAAGUGAAAGUACAAUGAACGAUUGGAACUAUGAUACUGUCAUACGUAAAGUUGCUCUCUGCGUUCGGUUUACCCGCUUAGAAGCUUUCUGUGUACCACCAAUUUUGUUAUAUGAAAUGAACAGGGCGAUGAAUGACGACGUUCAAUAUAGAAAGGGAAGUGAACACUUGUGGAUGGACAUGGCCGUAGUAGAUUCUCGACCAUACCUCUUCUAUCUGCAUUAUAUCACGUACGGGAAACUGGGUCUUCGCCUCCGACAGAGGCAGGCACUUCGUAAUAUAAUAAACUGUUUUAGAAACAUAAACAUUGUACGUACAAUGCAGCAUGCUGAGACUGCUGAAAACUUACUUGGCCACUGCUGGGAGAUGGAGGGAAAGCUGCUCAUGGCGCUAAGACACUACAUGAAUUCAGUGAAAAAUGUACCGCGAAAUAAUGCUGCCAACUGGCAUAUCAGGAGACUGAAGGCAAUGUUUAAACAUUGAAGAGUAUGAGGGCGACUGUGCAAUCAUUAUUUCAAAAUAAUAAAGAAAACAAAACGUUGUUGAUGCAGCUCAUUAUAUUACAAAUCCACUCCAUAGGAUGGUGCCCACACUUGUAAAGCAUUUUUUGGUAUUGACAUGUACAUUAUAGUACAAAACUACACUAUAUAAUGGUGCACAUACAUUUUACUA